UUCUGAUUAUUUGUCCAUCAAGUUUAAGAUUAACUUGGAGCAUUGAAAUUCAAAAAUGGCUCGGAGUUAGGGAAAGUCACAUUCAAGUUAUAUUUCAUCUUAAAGAUAAAAUUAAUCGUCCUACCCCCAAAUUCUUGAUCACCAGCUACGAUUGUGCAGCAAAAAUAGGUGGUAACUUUGCUGAUAAAUUUAACAUUAUUAUAACGGAUGAGGCGCAUUAUUUGAAAAAUAAAGAUACAAAGAGGUCUAAAAGCAUAUGUCCUCUAAUUCAAAAUGCUACGCGAGCUCUUUUACUCACGGGAACACCGGCAUUAUCAAAACCUAUUGAACUUUUUUCACUAGCCAAUGCCCUGGACAAGACAACUUUUUCUACAUUCACACAAUAUGGUAUAAGGUAUUGUAAUGCUUCUAAAAACCUAUUCGGUUGGGAUUAUUCUGGUUCCUCAAAUUUGGAGGAACUUCAUUGGCUAUUGGAACGUACCAUUUUGAUCCGACGCCUGAAGGCUGAUGUGGAGUUAGAAUUACCUCCUAAGACGCGUCAAAUUGUUCACAUUGGUGAAUAUCAAACAGAAAUCCGAAAAAUGAAAAAGGAGUCUGAAGAACUUUAUGGGAUUGCAAAAAGAUCAAGCGGGCAAAUGAAAAAGGAUGCUGAAAUGAAAGGAAAAGGAUUACUGGUGCAAAUGUGGGCCGAAACUGGUCGUUCAAAAGUUCCUGCAAUUCAAGAGUAUUUAUCUGAGAUAUAUGAAAAUUCGGAAAAAAAAUUUAUUGUGUUUGGACAUCAUUUGGAAGUUCUUGACGCAAUCACUGAUUAUUUUUCGGCCAAACUUAAUGCUAAAUAUAUUCGUAUCGAUGGCAACACUAAUCAGCAGCAUCGUCAGGCUUUAUGUGAUCAAUUUCAAGAAGACAAAAAAACACGGAUAGCUGUUCUUUCUCUUACGGCAGCUAGUACUGGUCUAACACUUCAUGCAGCCGAUUUGGUCAUAUUUGCAGAGUUAUUUUGGAACCCGUCCACUUUAUUGCAAGCCGAAGAUCGCGCACAUAGAAUUGGACGUCGAGGUAGCGUUGAUAUCAAGUAUAUGCUUGUUAAGGACACCUCAGAUACCAUUCAAUGGCAAUUAGUGCGUUCAAAACUUCGAGUCGUUGGUAAAAUGUUAGACAAUGAUUUCGGUAAAGUCACAAUGGAUGAGGGAACUUCUUUUGGUGCCGCAGCUCCCGACAUUCUUUCCUGGUUUGAACAAGCCGACGAAUCAAAUAAUUUUCCGCUUGAUGAUAAUACUAGGAUAUCACAGAAUGUAACAGAUGUUGACAAAUCAAUUCCAAAACUGCAAAAUGAUACUAUUGAGAUAUCAAAAGAUAUCAAUCAAAAACUGUAUGACAAUAGUACUGGAAUAUCACAGGAUGUAAUAGAUAUUGACGGUUCCAUUCCAAAACUGCAAGAUGAUGACCUCUUUAAUUGGCCGUAUGAUGAUUAUGAUAAUGAUAUAUCGGUUAUAGACUUGACUGCACCAUCAUUAAAUAAUUCUCAAAUUUCACAAACACAUGACAAGAGCGUUGACUCCGAUGAUUCAAAGUUUGAAGCAACAAAGGGACAUGGACUUUGUAGCCGCGGCAAUAAUUCCGAUAAGAAAGAGGCCGAAUACGAUGAAUCCAUAUGGCAAUGUUGGGAUCAAAAAGAUUACAGUACUCAUUGGUUAAAGUACAGUAACUUCGGAAUUAUACCACCGGAUUAUGUCAUAUCAGAUCCAGGAUACACUGAAUAUAUUUCACAAUUUUCAAAACCUUCAUCUUCAGUGAUUUCUCCGUGCUCCAUAUUUUCACGUCGAGACAGUAGUGAUAAUAGCAAUAAUAUCAAGGAUUCAAAUCUCACACCUCGCCCUUCACUCAAACGCGAAUUGGAAGAGGCCUUUCAUUCACCUUUAUCGAAAAAACCUAAACGUGAAUAG